AUGUCUUCUAACGACCCCAACCACGAGAAUGAAGAGGACUAUCUGCAGGCAGAUGAUGCCGAAGAGGUCUUUGAGCGCGGUGAAGAUGAUGAAAUGGAAAUGGAUGGAGACUAUGACGAGAACAUGACUAUUGAAGAUGAGAUUACGUUCCAGAACGACUCAGCUGCACACUUCGACUCGCACACAGACUCAGUGUUCUGUGUUGCUCAACACCCCGUUCACAACCACAUUAUUGUCACUGGUUCAGGCGAUGACACCGGGUACAUUUUCGACUCAACUCCCGCACCCCGGCCCGUCCUCCCUUCAAGCUUUGAGACCACUCCUCAACCACGGGAGCGCGAGGCCCUACAACCUCUGGCCAAGCUUGAUGGACACACUGACACCAUCAAUGCGGUGGCUUUCACUGAACCGGCUGGAGAAUAUGUCAUCACGGCUGGUCUGGAUGGCAAGCUGCGGGCCUACCGGGAUACCACACCCAAGAAGACCGGAACCGCAUGGGAGUUCUUUGGCGAGGCCCAGGAAGUAGAGGAAAUCAAUUGGAUGGCGGUCUGCCCCUACCAGAAGAACAGCGAAGAACAUAAAAAUGUCAUCGCUAUCGGUGCCAACGACGGUAGCGCGUGGGUCUUCCGUCUCGACCAUACCAGCGCCAAUCCUAUCUCUAUCAUCCAGACUUUCUUCUCGCACACCGAAUCCUGCACUGCAGGCGCAUGGACAUCUGAUGGAAACUUGCUCGCUACAGUCUCCGAGGAUGGAAGCUUCUAUGUUUAUGAUGUCUUCGGCGCCGCUGCCGCUGCAGGUAUCGAGUAUCCGGCUGGCACCAGUGUCGUUCUCGGUCUGACCGCGGAUGACCAGCGUUUCGCCGUUCCUGGUGGACUUUACAGCAUCGCUAUUUCUCCUAGCGGAGGUAUUGCCGCGUUGGGUGGUGGCGAGGGCAACAUCCGUGUCAUCGGUCUUCCCCGCAUCACCGCAUCUGGCCCAUCAGCCAAGGGCAAGGCAGCCCCCAAGUCCGCCGGUGCCACCGCCGCUGGCACAAUUAUGGCUGCACUGCAGAACCAGACAGACAAUAUUGAGUCUCUCUCUUUCUCCCAGCCUCCGUUCACUUUCCUGGCUGCUGCUUCCGUCGAUGGCUCGCUUGCGAUUUACGACGCUGCUCAUCGCUUCGCUGUCCGCCGCCACAUUCAGGGUGCUCACGACGACGCUCCCGUUGUGAAGGUUGAGUUCCUACCCAGUAACCGCCAGCUUAGUGCCUCUGUCUCAGGGCCUCUUGCGUCCGCUUCCGCGGCUCAGCAGAACCGCUCUUGGAUGUUCACAUCCGUUGGCCUGGACGGCGUGGUCCGACGCUGGGACGCUCGUGGUGGUACCACCGCUGCUGCCCAGGGAUUGAUGCAGGAGUGGAAGGGCCACAUGCCUCUCACUGAAAACGAGGAUGGUGAGCAGUCUGGCGGCAUCAUGGGCUUUGUGCAGAAUUACGAAGGACAACGCAUUGUCACUGCCGGUGACGAUGGUAUUUGCUUGGUCUUCGAGGAGUAA